GACACCCCGGAAAAGCGUAUCCUCCUUACAAUUAGAAUAUCUUAAAUCCCAAAUGCACAUUAAUUUCUAGGCCAAUUUGGCUGAGCGGAAGAUCACAAAAUGGAGUGUCUGCAGAAAAGCCAUAUACUGUCAUGGGCUAAUAAUUACUGUGCAACUACAGUUCUUUUGAUGGCCACAAGCAGGUUAAAUUAUAGAAGCUGUCAAGCCAAGCUUCACACCUUUAGAACAAUUCCUCAAGCAUUUCCAGGUAGCAAGUUGAGUGUGUGUUCACGCCAAGGAGGCUUUUUCUUCUUAAUUUCUCAAAACUAUUCAAAGAGUAGAAAUGCUAAUUCAAAAGCUCCAGAGAAAAUCAAGCUGUCAGUCAGAAAUAGUUCAGCACUGACAGAAACUAACAGAGAAGAACACACUGAAAAGGCAUUGUAUAAGGAUCACUCAGUGAGUGGGGAUGCCAUUCGCCGUAGAUUUCUUGAGUUCUAUGCAUCACGUGGCCAUAAGAUUCUGCCUGGUUCCUCUCUUGUGCCAGAUGAUCCUACGGUUCUGCUUACAAUUGCAGGCAUGCUUCAGUUUAAGCCUAUUUUUCUUGGUCAGGCACCUAGGCAGGUACCACGUGCUACCACUGCUCAAAAAUGUAUUCGAACUAAUGAUGUGGAGAAUGUGGGCCGAACUGCCAGACAUCAAACAUUUUUUGAAAUGCUUGGUAAUUUCAGUUUUGGAGACUACUUCAAACACGAGGCUAUUAUAUGGGCAUGGGAGCUUGCCACUAAGGAGUUCAAGCUUCCUGCCGAGAGGUUGUGGAUCAGCAUUUUUAAGGAUGAUGAUGAGGCCUUUAGAAUUUGGAAUGACAAGGUAGGGGUUCCCGAAGAGAGGAUUAAGCGUAUGGGAGAGGAAGACAACUUCUGGUCCAGUGGUCCAACAGGUCCAUGUGGCCCCUGCUCUGAAAUAUAUUACGAUUUCUAUCCUGAUAGAGGCUAUGCAGGCACAGAUCUGGGAGAUGGUACAAGAUUUAUAGAAUUUUACAAUCUGGUAUUCAUGCAAUAUAACCGAAAUGAUGAUGGAAGUCUAGAGAAUUUAGAAAGUAGGAAUAUUGAUACAGGAAUGGGUCUUGAACGCAUGGCUCAGAUACUUCAAAAGGUUCCAAAUAACUACGAAACAGAUUUAAUCUACCCCAUCGUAGAGUGUGCUGCAGAAUUGGCAGGGGUGAAAUAUGGGGGUGCUGAUAAUCGUAUACAAACCCAUUUGAAGGUCAUUGGAGAUCACAUGCGUGCCAUUGUUUAUCUCAUUUCUGAUGGUGUGACUCCAUCAAACAUAGGUAGAGGCUAUGUUGUUCGAAGGCUGAUAAGGAGAGUUGUUCGUACUGGCCGUCUGCUUGGGAUCAAAGGGGAUGGUAGAGGUGAUGUUGAAGGGGCUUUCUUACCAAUUGUUGCAAGAACAGUAAUUGACCUGAGCAAAAAUAUAGACCCAGAUGUAAAGGCUAGUUCAGAUCGCAUACUUGAGGAGUUGCGAAGAGAGGAGCUAAGGUUUGUUCAGACAUUAGAAAGAGGAGAAAAAUUGCUGGACCAAUUGCUAUGUGAAGCUUUAGAGAGUGCGAAGGGCAAAGAUAAUUGCAGGCCAUGUCUAUCAGGAAAGGAUGUGUUUAUCCUCUAUGACACUUAUGGUUUUCCCAUAGAGAUUACAAAUGAAGUUGCUGAAGAGAAAGGUGUUAGUGUAGAUUUGCAGGGGUUUGAAGCUGAAAUGGACAUUCAGAGGAGGCAGUCUCAAGCUGCUCACAAUGUUGUUAAGCUUUCAGUUGGGAGUGCUAUUUCGGAGCUUACAAAUAGAAUUUCUGAAACUAGCUUCUUAGGAUAUGAUACCCUCCAAUGUUCUGCAUCAAUUGUGGGCCUUCUUGUGAAUGGAAUCCCUGUAGCAGAAGCUUCAAAGGGAGAUGAAGUGGAGAUUGUUCUCAACAAGACACCAUUUUAUGCUGAAUCAGGUGGGCAAAUAGGAGACCAUGGAUUUCUCUCUUUGCAAGGAAGUGGGGAAAAUAUUAGCCAAAGUAUUGUUGAGAUUAUUGAUGUGCAAAAGUCAGGAGGAAGCCUUUUUGUUCACAGAGGCUUGGUUAAAGAGGGGAAAAUAAGUGUUGGUACUGAAGUAAAUGCUGCAGUGGAUGCUAUAUUAAGGCAAAGAGCAAAGGUUCAUCAUACAGCAACACAUUUGUUGCAGUCUGCCCUUAAGAAAGUUGUUGGGAAUGAAACGUCACAAGCAGGUUCCUUGGUUGCUUUUGAUCGUCUUAGAUUUGACUUUAAUUUGCACAGGCCAAUGUCAGAGCAUGAAAUAACCAAAGUAGAGUCACUGGUUAAUACUUGGAUUGGUAAUGCUGUACCUUUACAAUCACAAAUCAUGCCACUCAGUGAUGCAAAACAGGCAGGGGCCAUUGCAAUGUUUGGCGAAAAAUAUGGAGAUGAGGUUAGAGUUGUUGAGGUUCCUGGGGUGUCCAAGGAAUUAUGUGGUGGUACUCAUGUUAGUAAUACUGCUGAGAUUCGUGGCUUCAAGAUAAUUUCAGAACAGGGUAUUGCAUCAGGAAUUAGGCGUAUUGAGGCUGUUGCUGGGGAAGCUUUUAUCGAGUAUGUAAACUCCCAAGAUGGUGUUGUGAAGCAGCUAUGCUCUACUUUCAAGGUAAAGGUAGAAGAUAUUCCAAGGAGGGUGGACAAUCUUCUUGAAGAGCUAAGAACGGUGAGAAAUGAGACAUCAACACUACGAGCAAAAAUGGCCACUAUGAAAGCUUCAAUGAUUGUACACACAGCUUCUGUGAUUGGAACUGCUGAAGCUAGCAUGCAUUGCAGGGUUCUUGUUGCAAAUAUGGACGAUCUUGAUGCAGAAUCUCUCAAAGCAGCAGCUGAACAUCUUCUGAGUUUGUUGAAUGAUCCUGCUGCCAUAGUUUUAGGUUCUUCUACAGAUGGGAAGGUAAACCUUGUUGCAGCUUUUAGUCCAAAAAUCGUGAAGUGUGGACUACAGGCGGGGAAGUUUGUAGGAAACAUUGCUAGACUAUGUGGUGGAGGUGGUGGUGGAAGACAGAACUUUGCACAGGCAGGAGGAAGAAAUCCUGAAAAACUAAUAGAUGCUUUAGAGAAGGCAAGAACGGAUUUGGAAUUGGCUUUGUCGACAAGCAGUUAAUUUCAAGAUUUUUCCUGAAAGCAGUCCCUUUGUCUUAUAUAAUUUAUAUCUUCCCAUUCUUAUAUGUCUAUGCUGAAUGCCACAGUCAAGUGAAUACCAAACUCCCACUCUUUUAUUCUGUAAAUUUAAUCUCUAUUCAUCUGGAAUAUGUAAGCGUCACUAAGAAUUUGUUUGUUCUAUGGACAAUAUGUUUUUGGCUUGGUAAAUUUUGGGUGAGGCUAGGGGCUACCUCCAAUGUAAGUAAGUUUGGACUGCAUUGUUAAGAUCUGUAAACAUAGGUUACACUCAAAUGCACUGAAUUAUCUUUAAAUCACGACCUUGUGACGUUGACACUAGAAUUAUGUGCUGCCUUAUUGUAGUGAGGGGGAUCUGUACCAGGGUCAUGCUCCUCCGAGUUCCCCGCAUGAUCUAACCACAAAUCCUAGGAACACUCUAUGGACAUGUAGAUUACAGAUUACACGUUCCUUUUUAUUGGAAAGGCAAAAUUCUCUUGGGAAGAA